AUGUCAAAACCAACACCGAAAUUUGAGGUUUGUGUCGAUUCUGUGAUAUCCGCUAUAAAUGCAGAAAACGGAGGGGCAUCGCGUGUUGAGUUGUGUGAUAAUUUGGCAGAAGGUGGGACUACACCAAGCUCAGGAAUGAUUUCAAUGUCCCUUAAACGUUUGAAAAUUCCAGUGAUGGUCAUGAUAAGGCCGAGAGGUGGAGAUUUCUGUUACAAUGAAGAAGAAUUCGAAAUUAUGUGUUUGGAUAUUCAGCAUGCGAAAAUUCUUGGGGCACAUGGUGUCGUUUUUGGAAUUUUAAAACCUGAUGGUAGCGUAGAUGUUGAAAGAGUUGCCAAAUUGGUUGAAAUUGCGAGUCCUAUGAAAGUAACUUUUCAUAGGGCAUUCGAUAUGACGAAUGAUCCAUUAAAAGCUCUUAAUGAUAUCAUUAGUAUUGGAAAUAUACAACGAAUCCUUGCCAGCGGUUGUGAUAGUACUGUAUUAGAAGGCUUAGAGACAAUUGUGGAAUUGGCAAAACAAGCCCAAGACCGAAUUAUUAUUAUGCCUGGCGGAGGAAUACGUGAGUCAAACAUAUCAAGAAUCCUUGCGGCAACAUAUUUGCAAGAAAUGCAUGUAUCAGCCAGUACUACAAUAUCUUCCUCUAUGAUACAUAAAACUUCAAAUAUUCACAUGGGAAGAGCUUUUUAUAAUAGUGAAUAUUUGAUAAAUGCAGUAAGUGAAGAAAGAUUAAUAAAGAUGAUUGACAUUGCUAGUAGGUUUACUGGGUAA